CUUCCUUUCAUAGUCUUAUUUAUAUUAUGAGAGAGAAAAGGGAAGUUCUUUUUUUAAGAUUUAUUUAUGGGCUUUACCAAUAGUUUUGGUAAACUCUGUUUAUAAAAUUGGAUGAGGUCCUCUUUGGCUUUAUUUGGUGACAAGGAAAGAAGUAUUAUGUGAAUAUUUCUUUCAAUCAUUGUGAUUUUUUUUAUGUUUAGGAACAAUUGUCUAUUCGUCUGAGUUGCGCAACUUUUCAGCUAAGCAGGGAUCGUCUUCCGAGAGCUUUUUUUAUGGAUUUCUCUGUUUCCGGUGUACUUGGAAAUGCAAAAUGGAGACAAAACAAAAGAUGUCAGAGUUCCAAAAGAGGCUGGAUAAAACAUUGUCAUCUCAGAAUCUUACGAAUGAGGAAUAUAUUAAGAACCUUCUCAAGAAACAAGUUCUACGCUCAUCACCACAGUGCGAGAUUCAAGAACCCACUGAGAAUAUCAUAGAGGAAAGAGCCAAGGAAGCGUUAAACUUUCUCAACAUGUUGAGAAGUGCUUCCCAAGAUGACAGUGAUGUGUCACAAACUCAUGAAAAACCACAAGCUGAUUGGAAGUUAAAAGAGGACAACGAAGAAUUCAAAGUUAUGUAUCGAGAAGGACCUCAAGGCACUCCCUUUCAUAUGAUACUUGUAGAAGGCUUUGUUGAUGCACCUGUUGAUGUUUGUAUAUGUGUUGCAUGGGAGUCAUCUCUUUAUAAGAAAUGGUGGCCUCAAUUAAGUAUUCCAACUUUCAAAAUUGCCACAUCCAGUUGUUUGCAAAAGGUCCGAAUUGGUGAACAGAUAUGUCUAGUCAGGAUGAAGUUCUCAUGGCCACUGUCCGCUAGAGAAGCUGUUAUGCGCUUUUUAGAGUUGGAUUUUUUUGAAGACGAUCUUAUUGUUGGGCUCAUAAACUCGAUCUCUGAUUUACAGAGUGUUGAUAGAAGUACUCAUGGGUUUACGAAUGAGGGGAUACCUGAAGAAAAAGAUGUAAUUCGGAUAGAUAUUGUUGGAGGCUUUGCUUUCCAAAAGGUGUCCUCAAAUAGAAGUUACUUCCGGACUAUAUUAACUAUGGAUGUGAAAUUGGAGUUUGUUCCUCCAUCGCUAAUUAACUUUGUCUCAAGGCAGAUUUUUGGCAGCGGUUACAAGCUCUUUAAAAAGAUGGUUAUUUCUGCAGCCAAGGGUGAUAAGGAUUUUAGCAAGGCCUUGGAGGAUCGACUCUAUGUCCAGAUACGAGAGGGUUUAAAUCCUGCCAAUAAAAUCCAGAAGGCCCUUGAACCAGAGGCCCUCAAGAGUGAGAAUAUCACUUUUGCUGUCUCUGAAGAACAUGGAAACGGAACUCCACAGGCCAAAGAAUCAGUUUACUGUCAAGUAUCUCUCAGUAAUGACCUUGCAACUGAAGCUCUGCCAGCAGAUUCACUGGUUUCUUGUGAGACUUGUUGUGGAGGAAUUGUGGAAGAAGUGAUUGGACAAGACAAACACUUGGAGAGGAGUAGCCAAAGCAUGGAUCACUCUCCAACCGAUAAUUUUGCAGGACAGUGCCAUAUCAACAAGGGAAAGAAGGUUUAUAUCAGUCCUGAGGUGGAAAAUGCUCUAGGAAUAUUAAAUGAGGCUAUAUCUAUGGUUCGAGCGGGUGGAAUUUGUCGGGAAAGUUUGUCUCCUGGUUCCACUAAUGAAGAAUACAUGAAUUUUGAAAGAGUUGUGGGGGCAGGUUCCAGUUUUCCAGGAGCUGGUGCGGCUUCUUCAGGCGGUGGAAUCUGCAUUGACGCACCAAACGUGGACAAUUUUAAUAGUUCACUAGAGGAAGAUGGUGAUGUCUCUGGCAUAUAUAGUACCAGGGAAACCAUACCAGCUUCUCCUAUGAAAGAAGUGAACUGGAACCGAAUAAUACCAGUAUCCCCAGGACAAAAUUUCCCAAUUUCAAACAAAUCUCAGGGGGUUCACUGGACUUCUUUGCAAAAUGGGUCAACAUCAGAGGUGCCAGUGAUGGAGAACACAGCGGAUGGUAAUAAGGAGGUUAAUGUCAAAGCAAGUAGUACCAUUGGAAGUUGGAAUGGUGAGAAAGGCAAGUUGAGGCGACAGAGAAUAAAAAAAUCUCUCUGUUGCUUACAUUGAUGGUUUGAUUAUGAACCUGAAAGUGUGCUUCUUGAUUGGGUGGUCACAUCAAAAUCUGACCACCACAUCUGGGUGGAUGAAUCUUUUACAAUUCUAUGCUGCUAAAUGCCAUCGACCAUCUCUUGUAUUAUCCACUUGGAAGGAUGAUUUGAUAUUUGCAACUUGAAUGUUUCAGACGUAUUGGGCUUCAUUUCUUCCUUCCUUGGUAACCCUAUUUGAUCAUCUGCUGAUGUUUUCCUUUCAUUCAUAGAUUUGCCAAAAAGGAAGCUUCUUUUGCCACACACACAGGUGCUAUUGGUCAGAAAGGUGCAUCCAUCCAUGAGAUGAUGUGAUGGGGCACAUGCAAAUCCUAUUGGGGUUGCCAAGUAAGAUUCCCAGGCUUGAUUGUUAUUUAUUUAUAUGGGUGAAGGAUUGUAAUGUACCAUAUGAAGACAGAUUAUUGUUCUGCUACGAGUCCACUGAUCCAAGACCAUAGUUGCUUUUUCAUUGCAGCAAAAUCUUUUGUUUUUUAGAAGGCAACUCAGAUGCUAAUAAAAUAUUGAGAUAUUUUAUAGAGAA